AUGUCGGACCCCGCGAACACUGGGAACUGGAGGGGGGACAAGGCCUGGUGGACCUGGCAGGUGUUCUGGAGUUCUGACUCAGAGCUCUCUGCACAGUCAGCAGUGGAGGACAGUGAUCAGAUCUUUACUGAGCUGAUCCGCUCCAUUGAGAGAAGGAGCUCUGAGGUGAAGGAGCUGAUCAGAGCCCAAGAGGAGGCUCAAGUGAGUCAAGCUGAAGGACUCCUGGAGCAACUGAAGCAGGAGAUAGCUGAGCUGAGGAAGAGAAGCACUGAGCUGGAGCAGCUCUCACACACAGAGGAUCACAUCCAUUUCCUCCAGAGUUAUCAGUCUCUCUCUCUCUCUCUCUCUCUCUCUGUCUGUCCGUCCCUCUCUCUCUCUCUGUCCUUCACUCUCUCUCUGUCCUUCACUCUCUCUCUGUCCCUCUCUCUCUCUCUCUCUGUCUGUCCGUCUCUCUCUUCUCUCUCUGUCAGUUCCUCUCUCUCUCUCUGUCUGUCCGUCCCUCUCUCUCUCUCUCUCUCUCUGUCCGUCCCUCUCUCUCUCUCUCUCUCUCUCUCUGUCCCUCUCUCUCUCUGUCCGUCCCUCUCUCUCUGUCUGUCCGUCCCUCUCUCUCUCUGUCUGUCUGUCCGUCCCUCUCUCUCUGUCUGUCCGUCCCUCUCUGUCUGUCCGUUCCUCUCUCUCUGUCCGUCCCUCUCUCUCUCUCUCUCUCUCUGUCCGUCCCUCUCUCUCUCUGUCCGUCUCUCUCUCUCUCUCCAGAGGUAUCAGUCUCUCUCUCUCUCUCUCUCUCUCUCUCUCCAGAGGUAUCAGUCUCUCUCUCUCUCUCUCUCCAGAGGUAUCAGUCUCUCUCUCUCUCUCUCUCUCUCUCUCUCCAGAGGUAUCAGUCUCUCUCUCUCUCUCUCUCUCUCUCUCUCCAGAGGUAUCAGUCUCUCUCUCUCUCUCCAGAGGUAUCAGUCUCUCUCUCUCUCUCUCUCUCUCUCUCUCUCUCCAGAGGUAUCAGUCUCUCUCUCUCUCUCUCUCUCUCUCUCCAGAGUUAUCAGUCUCUCUCUCUCUCUCUCUCUCCAGAGGUAUCAGUCUCUCUCUCUCUCUCUCCAGAGGUAUCAGUCUCUCUCCAGUAUCAGUGUAUCUUCAGACUUACCCAGCAUCGUUGUCCGUCCUCUUCAGUACUUUGGAGAUGUGAGUAAGACUGUGUCUGAACUGAGAGAGAAACUAGAAGACUUCCUUAAAGGAGAAUGGACCAAGAUCUCCACUACAGUGAAUAUAGUGGAUGUUGUACUGCCUCCAGAGCCCAAGACCAGAGAACAGUUGUUACAAUAUUCCUGUCAGCUCACACUGGACCCAAACACAGCAUACAGACACCUCUCUCUGUCUGAAGGGAACAGAAAGGUGACCUGUACAGACCAAGUCCAACCAUAUCCUGACCAUCCAGACAGAUUCACCAACUGGUACCAGGUUCUGUGUAGAGAGGGUCUGUCUGGACGCUGUUACUGGGAGGUGGAGUGGACUGGUGGUGUUGAUACAGCAGUCUCAUAUAAAGACAUCAGCAGAACAGGGACAGAUAGAGGUAAUGAUGGUGGAUUUGGACUCAAUAACAAGUCCUGGAGUUUAAAGUGCUCUAGAGGUGGUUAUUGGUUCAGACACAAUAAUGUUGUGACUAAAGUAUCAGGCCCUCAGUCCUCCAGAGUAGGAGUGUACCUGGAUCACAAGGCAGGUACUCUGUCCUUCUACAGUGUCUCUGACACAAUGACCCUCCUCCACAGAGUCCAGACCACAUUCACUCAGCCCCUCUAUCCUGGGUUCAGGCUCUAUUAUAAUGGUUCUGCUGAGCUGGUUAAACUGUAAACUGAUUAGUUAUUAAUUAAAAUUCAAUCCAAUGUUUUAAUCUUGUCCAUUUCCAUGAAUCAUGAUGUCUGGUGUUGAUGUAUAUUGGUUGUCAUUCAGAACCAUUGAUAUGUUUUCUCAGUUGGUUCUCUGUCUCUAUGUAAUUCUCCUCAGUAUCAUUGAUCAGCUUGUUGGCUCGGUCCUAAUUGAUGUGUUCUCUGUCACCUGGAGCUGCAUGGAAAAUGGUCCAGGAACUAAAGGACAAUUCAGGACUAGUCAGCCCACUACAAGCUGGUAUCACUUACUUUCUACUAAACUAUAUGGUCUGGUUUCCCAGACACAGAUGAAUCCUAGUCCUGGACUAAACAGUAUGUUCAAUGUAGAUGUCCAGGAAACCGGCCCUAAAUGUGUCAUCUUUCAUCCUCCCAUACUGCUCAGUCCAGCAACAUUAAACCUGUCCAGCAGGUGGUGCUGUUGACCAAACAAUAAAACCAGCAGAUAUCUUGACUUGCCACUCAGUAUAUCAGUAAUGUUCAGAAUAGUACUUUAAUAUCAUUGGAGAUUGAUGGUCUUUUUAAUCCACUAUCCAGAGUCAGGAACAGAUGAAGUUAGGUCUGCUACUGUUCAGUGAUUAAAUAUGAUUUAUGGUGAUGGGAAAUAAUAAAAAACACUCAACUUCA